AGAGGUUAAAACUAUAUAUAUUAUAUAACGUUAUUUUGUGUAUAAAUUAGUGGAUUAAAUUAUUAAAUGAAUAAAUGAAUAUGGAACUUAACAACAGUGAGGCUAGAGAUAUACUGUAUCAUUUUUGUGGUGAUGUACCAUUCUGGGAUCGUUCAACACUAGACGUUGCUACUCCAGUAUUUUCGUCAUGUUUUCUAGACACAGUUCUCAUAUGGGGCCCGUGUGCCUUUCUGUGGAUAAUGUCUCCAUUUUUCUUGAUCUACAUGUAUCAUGGGAAACGUCUGACGCCAUUACCAUUGUCAAAAAUAAGCGUCUCAAAGGCUAUAUGCUCGUUUCUUAUACUAUGUACAGUAGUUCUACAGUUGAUUUUUCAAGAACAUGACGGGUAUGCGUGUGACAGCGAAAUAUCUAUCUCCGCUGCGUCGUAUACAGCAACUGCUAUAAAGUUUCUCACAGUCCUAUGGACCGCAUUUCUUCAGCAGAUUCAAAGAUAUAGGGGCAUAAAGACUUCUGGAGUACCAUUUGUAUUUUGGAUGACAUUGAUUGGCUGUGAGACAUUAUCUCUUUAUACGCAUGCGCAAAGACAGGGUACGUGCAGCGAGGACGUUGUGUUUUAUAUUUACUUUAUUCUACUGGUCAUACAGUUCGUUCUUCAUUGUUUUCCAGAACUUUAUUCUACACAGGGAUACCACGAAAUUGAUGAUGACAAUUCUUGUCCGGAUGAAAACGCUUCCGUUCUUGGCCAAAUAUGUUUUGAAUGGCUGACACCGGUGGUCAUAAAAUGCUUUAAGAACCGGUUAAAUCCAGCUGAAUUUUGGAAUCAGACUAGCAGAUUAAAAGCGAAUCAUCUUGGGCCACUUUUGGAGAACGCGUGGAAGGACGAGAUUCAUAGAUGUGAGAGGGAGCAAAAAUUGUUGUACAAGGGAGGUGCAUUAAACAAGUAUGGUACUCAAAGAUCGAAUGGUGGCCGGAAAUACGCGAAUGGAGUGAUAACGGAAGAAACACCGUUGAUUGAAAGUGGGCAGUUUAAUAAGGGAAGGGGUAACAGUGAGCUAGGUAAAAAUAUUAGCUAG